AUGAGCUUCGUCGGCAAUAUUCACAGCAGCACGCCUCCUCCGCCACCAGCUUAUCCCGGAAACGGAAAUGCAAAUCGCACAGCUUCGCAUUCAUCCCAGCUCAUCACCGAAAAUGAGUCGGGGAAAGAGGCGAAACCGACGGAGCAGAAAUUUCAAUCUGAAGAGUUGAAGAGCUCCCAGUCACAUUUUACCGCAGGCAGACAACAUACGAGCAUAUAUCAUCAAGUGAGCCCUCGCCGACACUCGAGCUCCAGUUUCUCGCGCGAUAAUUUCUCGUUGACGAUGCCCAGCACGAGUGGACAAACUGUUGAAGCUUCUUCCUCCUCUUACCGCACUCCAGAGAGCUUUUGGUAUAAACCGACAAUGUCACGUGAUGAAGCGAUUAAACUGCUAAAAGGAAGUGAUAGAAAAGCCGGCGACUUUUUGGUCAGAGACUCGAAAACUUACAGCGGCAAUUUUGGACUCGUCGUCAGGGUGGAUAGACAUCAGGUUCCGCAAUCUGUGUUCGACAAUCUUCGCCCAGAUCAAGAUCCGGAGUCAGAGCUUGUGCGUCACUUCCUCAUUGAGUCUGUGAAGGAGAAAGGAGUCAGAAUAUCGGGCGAUGAUAGAAGGGAGCCAUUUUUUCCAUCUUUGGCUGCUCUUAUUCAUCAACACGGAGAGGACAGAAGCGAAUCACAGACGUCUGGAAAAAUCGUCGUUGAUGGUGGAACGAGGCCGCCUGCCGACGUUUUCUGCACCUUUUUCCUCCACGAAACCGAUACGGAAAUGCUGACAGGGCGGGCUGCCAUGGAGCGAUGUAUGGCGGAGUAUCUCUCGUUGCGGGAAAACGUCAAAUGUCCAGUACAUCUUAAGAUUACAUCGGAAGGCGUGACGGUGACUGACUCGCAGCGGCUUAAGUUCUUCCGCAAGCACUUCCCCGCCGAGACGGUGAGCUUUUGCGACUUUGAUCCUCACAGCAGAGUGCACCAGAGCGGCAAAGUAUUUGGACUCGUUGCAAAGAAACCAAACAACAACUCGUGUAUUUUAUUCACCGAAAAAGACCUCAAAAAGGCCCCAGCCGGAGCGAUUAUUGAAAGCAUCAAUAAGAUUAUGACGCGUCCAAGAAUCAACGAUAUCAACUCGUACUCGAGCUAG